AACUUCUAAGUUUUAAUCUUAAUGUGGUGUGUUCCCUCUCGAUGUUUGUGCAGAAUGGAAAGUGAAGAACACAUAUUGAUAUCUGAAUUGAAUGAGAAAAUUUUCCAGAUCUUUUCAGAUUUCAUGUCAAGGGUCACAAAAUUUGAGGAGUUGGUUGCUGUGGGAAGUAGGUUACUUGUUGGCUUUCACCAAGGACUAGAGUUUCUUUGCCGGCUGCCAAUAAACAAGACAUCUGAGUUGAUCGAGCGCAUCUUUAAAGCUAAUGAAACCAGGAGGGUUUUAACAUAUGUUGAAUCUGGAUGCAUAAAUGCUCAUGACAGCAUACAAAAUAUAAGCAACUUGCAUACAUGCCAAGUUGGACUUCGCGACCAUUUAAAUAAAGGUAAAAUCAAUCCCUGAAUUAUUAUUACUUUCUUGAUGUUUUCUCCGUAAAUCAUAGUGGAUUAGUGCUUAAAGUUGUGUAAAUCAAUGAUGCAGUUGCGGUUAUGUCAAAUUUUCAUGUUUGUGGAAUUGAUUGCCAUCUACACUGGGUGGCUUUCAUGAUGUCUAAUAUUGUUCCUGCCAAGUAUAGUUUGUCUUCACCAUAUUUUGAUAAUAAAUUUUCCCAAAUUUCAUGUGUAAAAAUAUUCUUGGUAUGCUUAUUAUUAAAGUGAAUUUCUAGUGAUAUGGCUUGCUCUUUCUUAAAUAUGCCAUAACUUUCAUGAGCUGUCUAGAAAAUCAUGCAUAUCAGUUGUCAACCCACCUGAACAAAAGUUCCAUAUUGAUAACCAACCCAAACCAAAUCAAAACAAGCCUUAAGUCCCAUCAAAUGGGGUCGGCUAAAGUUCCAUAUUGAUCUAUUAUGCAAAUUUAGAACUUAUAGAACUUUAUGGCUGCUUUGGAUGUUUCAUUUUUGUUUUAAGAUUGCAAUUGUUGUUGUUUCAUAUCCAAGAUUAGAAUUCUUCGUAACCAAUGUAGAUGUUUAAGAAAACGUUGUCUUUGCAGUGAAACUUCAUAUGCCGCUUGUCGUUGUUGUUUUCCCACUUUUGGAUAGCCAUGAAAAAAGUACAAAUAGUAGAGUAGAGUAACUUUCUUUCCUUUUUUUUUUCCCCAUCAUAUUUAACAUUAUCGAGUGGAAAGUCUACCACAUUUUGGAUCAUGCAAGUUAGUGGUGAGAACUGCCAAUAUUUGCUUAUUUUGGUGAUCUUUUUUGUAUGCAUGUUUGUCAUGGGGUUGUGAUGCUGAUGU